AGAAAAGAACACCGUCUCCAAAAGUGUGUCUGCACAUUACCAAAACGAAACCUUCCCAUUGGAUUCCCACUACUUUUUUUCUUGUUUUAAAUUAAAUGUUUUGGCAGAAACAGAGUAAUAAAAUUGUUUAGUUGUGCUCUUUGUUUUGGUUUGAGAUGGAAAGAGAUUUUCUUGGUUUGAGCGACAAGCAGUAUCUCAGCAAUGUUAAACGCGAGGUUGACGAUGAUCGUGUCGGAGAACGAGGAUUGAGCAAGACGGCAGCUAGACAAUGGGGAAAGGCAAAGCUCUUGUCUAGUUCAAGUUUCAUGCCUGCUUCUGCAGAUUUUCAGGCGGGCUCAUACCAGUGGGGCCCAGUUUCUGCGGCCAGCAAUCUCCGCCGAAGCCAAUUUAGCGGUGGUGCGUUUCAGAACGCGAAUCCGCUUUUACUUGGCGGUUCAGUUCCGUUACCAAAUCAUUCUUCUUUCCGUCCUGUCUUUAACUCGUCGGUGGAUGCACGAGUGGCUUCCUCAGGAUCACAACCUCAGCUCACUAUCUUCUAUGGUGGAACUGUUAAUGUCUUUAAUGAUAUAUCUCCGGAUAAGGCCCAAGCUAUUCUGGUAUGUGCCCGGAACGGUUUGAAAGGAGAAACUGGAGAGAGCAGCUUGAAGAAACCGGUUCGAGAAACUGAAAGAGUUCAUGGAAAAGAAAUCCAUAACGCUGCGGCAUCAUCAUGCUCUGCCACUUAUGCUGAUAGUUUCUCUAGGUGUAGAGGCAGACCUGUUGGUGCGACUAAUGCAAUGAGCAUGAUUGAAUCAUUCAACGCAGCAGGUCCGCGAAAUAUGAUUCCUUCAGUUCCUCAAGCUCGUAAAGCAUCAUUGGCUCGGUUCUUGGAGAAGCGCAAAGAGAGGAUCAUGAGUGCACUGCCAUACAAGAAGAUGCUUCUUGAUUUGUCGACCGGAGAAUCCAGUGGAAUGAGUUACUCUGCUGCUUCUCAUACCUAAAGCCUCUCUGGGGUUCUUUUACGAUGGUAACUUGUACUAUAAUCAAUAAAUUAUUAUUAUAGCUACCAUUUAUUAUUUUGCGAGCAGGAGGAGGCGUCAGGGGUCUGUAUUUGAGCAUUGUUGUAAUGGUUAAGUUUGUUAUUGUAGGAUCAUUUUAUUAUUUCAAACACUAACGUAUAAUAUAUAUAUUUGUCAUGUUUGUCAAGAAUAUAAGACCUAAAUAAAAGCCACUAUUGUU